ACAGAGUUGGGUUGUUUUGGGUUUCAUUUCUCCUUCUUUGAGCCACAACAUCGAAGCUGCUCACUUCUCCAAUAUCUGAGUUAAGGUGACAUAAAGACAGUCAUGGAUCGGCUUAGAAGUUCUGCACGUCUCAUGAUAGUUUCAGAUCUUGACCAUACGAUGGUGGAUCAUCAUGACUCUGAGAACCUUUCUCUGCUUAGGUUUAAUGCCUUAUGGGAAGCCAAUUAUCGUUGCGAUUCUUUGCUAGUAUUCUCAACUGGAAGGUCACCGACGCUUUACAAGCAGUUGAGGAAAGAGAAGCCCAUGCUAACUCCAGAUAUAACCAUAAUGUCUGUUGGAACUGAGAUAACAUAUGGUAAUUCAAUGGUUCCAGAUGAUGGCUGGGUUGAAUUCUUAAAUCAGAAGUGGAACAAGAACAUGGUCAUAGAGGAAACAAGCAAGUUUUCUGAACUUACUCUUCAGUCAGAAACGGAGCAACGACCACACAAGGUUAGCUUCUAUGUUCAGAAAGACAAGGCUCAGGAAGUGAUGAAGGAUCUUUCUGAGCGUUUGGAAAAACGUGGGUUGGACGUUAAAAUAAUUUACAGCGGGGGGAUGGAUUUGGAUAUAUUGCCACAAGGUGCUGGGAAAGGGCAAGCUCUUGCUUAUUUACUUCGAAAAUUUAAGACUGAGGGAAAAUUGCCUAAUAACACUCUUGUUUGUGGCGACUCUGGAAAUGAUGCUGAGCUAUUUAGCAUUCCAGAAGUAUAUGGUGUCAUGGUCAGUAACGCGCAGGAAGAAUUACUGCAGUGGCACGUGGCAAAUGCUAAAGAUAACCCAAAAAUAAUUCAUGCAACUGAGAGGUGUGCAGCUGGUAUUAUACAAGCCAUUGGUCACUUUGGCCUGGGUCCAAAUACAUCUCCUAGAGAUGUUACUGACUUAUCAGACUCUAAUUUGGAGAAAUUCGAUCCUGCUUAUGAAGUCGUGAAGUAUUACUUGUUUUUUGAGAGCUGGAGGCGUGCAGAAAUCAAGAAUUCUGACCUAUAUGCGGCAAAUCUGAAAGCAGUUUCUUCUCCAUCUGGUGUUUUUGUCCAUCCGUCUGGUGUCGAGCAGUCUCUUCGUGACUGUAUAGAUUCAUUGAGGAGAUCCUAUGGAGACAAACAAGGACAACAAUUUCGGGUUUGGGUUGAUCAGGUCUUGUCUGAACAGAUAUGUUCGGACACAUGGCUAGUGAAUUUCAAAAAGUGGGAAAUAUCUGGUGACCAGUGGAAGUGUUGCAUCACAACUGCUUUAUUAAGUUCCAAGGAUGUGAGUGUUGCAGAAGGACUCACUUGGCUGCAUGUGCAUCAGACAUGGUUAAAUGGAACAGAUCAAAGUGAUCACACAUCCUGGAUCUGCUAGAUUGUGCUUACUUACAUUUUGAAGAUCCAGCAACUCAUCUAUGUUUUCUGAUAGAAUAAAUUUUUUUAAUCAUAUUUUAAUAUGUUGUCUUUGGCCACCAAUCCAUUCAAGAUGGCUUGUUUGUUACAUUACACAUGAUGUCUUAUCAUGGAGAAAAUUUUUUGUGGUUCAUAUAUGCAUGUAUAUUUACACUGGCAUGUCAAAAGUACCCUGAUGAGUCACUGAGUUUGCCUCCAAAGUGAGGGUGAGAUGUAAUUUCACAUGUCUUGAGUUCGUGCCACCUUAAGACACUUAACAUACGGUUUUAAAGAUGCAGUCUUUGUGGAUGAAUAUUUAGAUGCG